AUGUCCUCCUCCAACAUUUCAAUCAUACAAAGAGGCUUGCAUCACUGUAAUUCUUCUCCUUGUUUAACGUCUAAAGGCGCCGCUACUUCACGUAUUUUGUCUUCUUAUGCUUCUCCUCCACAACAACUACCCUCAUCUCCCUAUCAUCAUUUGUCAAACAAGCAAAUCAUCAUUCCCAAGCCUGUAAAGGUGCUAAAUGUUUCCACUCCAAAACAUUCUUCAUCAACACGAAGCAAUGAUCUUGACAUUUCAUCUCCUUCAACCUCUUGCCAUCCAAAAACAGCCUCUCCAUCCAAGCAUUCUCCAGGCCUAGAUUCUCACUCUCCACAAUUCUCUACAGGAACACCAGAACGUCUUGCCAACGAGGAAUUGAUCAAGAUUCUUUCAAGAAAUUCAUCAUCUGCACCAUCUACCGCUAAUCCUGUCCAGAUCAAUGAAGAAAACAAGGAUAGUAGCAGCUCUUCAAUGACACCCAAACACCAAACUACAAGAUCCUCUGCUUCUCCUUUCUCUCCCCAAAUGCUUUUCCAUGACACACCAUCUAGAACAUAUUCGCCGCCCACUAUCGAACUGGAAAUUAAUGAAUCGAUUUUCAAUGAAAAUCACCUUGAUGACGAUUAUGACGAUGUGUUCCCACACAACGAUGAAAACUCAAACAGCAUACCUAGUACCUUUGGUUAUGACGAUGCAGAUUUCCAUACAAUGCGUUCAAGCGGUCACGAUCACAGAAAGAAACGUAAUUUUGUUACCCAAGAGGACAUUUCUUUCUUGAUCGAGUUACGAACAAGACCAAUCGAAAAGUAUCAUCUAUCAUAUGAUGAUCUCGACAUGGCCGAAACUCACCACGAAGGUCACAAAUUUGCUGGUGCUGAGCUUGGAUUGUUGAACUUCUCUCCUCCAACUACUUGCAAUAGCAUUCUUAACUUCUAA